UACAGCGUAAAAAAAGAGAGUGUAAUUCUGCAAACAUAAACAAAACGCUUGCUCGACACCUGAGUUAGUUCUGCGAGGGAGCCGGACAGAGAAGAGAUCACAAUAUGGAGGAAGCCUUAGAUGUUAAAUCAAUUCGAGAGAAGUUUGAAGUCCAACACAGUUUUUCAAGCACACUGCCUCCAAAAACGAACAUAUCGACAAGACGUUCGGGGUCAAAUAUCCUUUUCAACCCAGAAUUUGCAAAUGUCAUAUCUGUGCUAGAAAAUGAUGUUAAAAUUCGUAAGGCGCCUGAUCUUCCUUUGAAACCAAGUUUUUCUCUGAAUGAUAUAAACAAGCACACCAGUUCUUCUAAGAUAAAUUCUAAGAUAAAUUCAAAGAAAAAAGUUGGCAUUUUCAAAGAUCAAUCUAAUUUCCAGGCUGAAUUUAUGAAGCUGUCUAAAAACAACAGACAAACUUGGAAUGUUGCAGACUCUGUUAAAAAACAAGAAGAUGGAACAUGUGAAUUCCAUCCCCAAAAAUAUAUCCCAUUACUAGACACCCAGAUAGGACCAGCGCCACCAGAUAAUACGACGAUUACUGAAGAAUUCUAUGAAGUUGUUAAACAUUGUGAGCCCAGACAAGCAGAUGAAAAUUCAAACUGGCAAACUCAUGCCAAGGUUAAUGCAAAUUCAGUGCCGGUGACUUUCAGUAAUGGAGAAGCUGAAAUAUCAGAUUCAUUUUACCAAACAAACCUAAACAUUCCUCAGGCAAAUGAAGAUGAUCUGGAAGAAUAUGACCAAACUCUUCCAAGGCCAGAAGUAGACGGAGGCGAAUGCUAUGAAGAUGUUUUGCUUGUGAAAAACGAUUCAGUAGGUGAUUCGGUCUAUGAGGCUGAGCCAGACACAACAACAGAAGUUGAAUAUGAGGUUUCAGCUGAUGAUCUACAACACAGUAAAACAUCUGCAUCUUUUAGUGAAGUGGAGUAUGAAUACAAAAUGCCACACGAAUCUGCAUCUCAAAACACUGGGCAAAUACAUCAAACAGAAGUGAAAGUUGGAAAACCUGAGAUUGCGCUUAGGAACAAGCUCAAGGUUUCAGCUGAUGAUCUACAACACAGUAAAACAUCUGCAUCUUUUAGUGAAGUGGAGUAUGAAUACAAAAUGCCACAAGAAUCUGCAACUCAAAACACUGGGCAAAUACAUCAAACAGAAGUGAAAGUUGGAAAACCUGAGAUUGCGCUUAGGAACAAGUUCAAGAUAUCGGGCUCAGAGGGAAUACUGUACCAGGCACAUGUCCUACAAGACAUCAAAGAUGGAAAACACAUGCUUGCCACAAAAAAGGGCGAGGUGGUGGAUAUUGUCCGAAUUACAGACUGUCCGAAGGGAAAAUGGCUGGCAAGAAAUGACAAAGGGCAAUAUGGCUUUGUCCCUGUUCACUCAGUAGAGAUGGAUAAAAGCAUUUUUAUCUACACUAACCAUAUAAUGGAUGAAUCCCUACAGCCUAUUGAUAUCUAUGAUGACGUUGAGCAUAAAAAUAUAGGUGUAUUUUCCAUGGACAAUUCUUUAACAUCUGAUAACUAUUCUGAGAAGUCAGAAGAUGCCUAUGAUGAUGUUGGCAAUGAAAGUGAUCUCUCUAAAAGCGUGGACAGAAUAUUAAAAAAAGGAUUUGUUAAUGAUGGGAAAAGAUUUUUCAAAAAAGAAAAAGAGAAACCAAAGAAAAAUGUAAGCAAACUAUCAACACUGCAGUUAAGUAACCCAGCAGAGGAACCAUCACAAGUUUAUGAAACUGACAUGAAUCACAUUCCAGAAGUAGAAAGAGAAGAAAAACUCACAAACUGGAAAUCAAGGUUAUUAAAGCCCAAACGACCAAGAAAAUCAGACAGUUAUGAGACUAAUAUCAGCAAAUCUCCAACAUCAAGAUAUACAACAGAAACACAACCAGCAUCAGAUGCAUUUGAAACAGGUUCAUAUUCUGAAAUAGACAGAGAAGAAAAAUCACCAACGUGGAGAUCAAGAUUUCUAAAGCCCAAACAGAAGGGGAAGUCAGAAGGUUUAGAUAUUGAAAAGAAGACGGAAGAAAGUAAAAAAAUGGCCAAAGAAGAGAAGAUGUUUCGUGAAAGGUUCCAGUAUAACAAAGAGAUUGAGGUCAUUAACGUUGCUGUUGUCAAUGUGAUGGCGCCGAUACAAGCAAAAGACAAACUUGAUUUACUGAUCAAGCCUGGAGAGGAGCUGGAUGUUAUAGACGUCACUGAUGAGAAUCGGGUAAUCUGCCGCAAUUCUGAAGGCAAAUUUGGGAAAGUCCUGAUCCAACAUUUAGACUUCAAGGUGACAGCCUUCAACUCAAGCUAUGGAUAAAUCACUUGUCGCUGGAAGCAAAAACCUCAAAUGAAGAAAUGAUUGACACUGUCAGACAAGUUUAAUCUGAAGGACUCAUUCAAAAGGAAAAGAAAAUAAAUUAUAAUACUAAUCUUUAAAAAACGUAACUUACUGAAAUUCUAUUUUUAUAUAGACAAUAUUGUGAUCUUCUAGAAUUAUAUGAAUAUUUUAUAUUAUCCAAAAACACUUGCAAAGCACUUUUAAUGAAAAGAUUGACGGAGAUAUAUACUCUAACACAAUAUAUAUAGCAUCUCUAACACAAUUUGUUACUUUUUGUUUUUUAAAGUUAGUAAACUUAAAUAUUUGAUAUGGUAACUUGUUCUUUCCCUCAUGAGUCAAUUAUUAAAUUGCAAAGUUUGCUCUUAUUUGUAAAAUCUGUAUAAAGUUAUAGCAAUUGUGUAAUAAAAUAAUCUGCCUUUCAAAA